AUGAGUUACAUGACGACGACGACGGCUGAGAGUGAUGAUGGUAUGCACUCCAGCAUCUACAACGAAUCACCAGCUGAUGAUAACAUUGGCAAUGGCUGCAGAAGUAGAGGGAAAGGACGUGUCCUGAAGAAAGGGCCAUGGACCUCAACUGAAGACGGGAUUUUAAUUAACUAUGUCAAUAAGCACGGCGAGGGUAACUGGAAUGCUGUGCAGAAAUACACGAUCCUGUCCCGUUGUGGUAAAAGCUGUCGUCUAAGAUGGGCCAAUCAUCUUAGGCCAAACUUGAAGAAAGGAGCAUUUAGCCAAGAAGAGGAGCGGCUCAUUGUUGAAAUGCACGCCAAGAUGGGGAAUAAAUGGGCACAGAUGGCUGAAAAUUUGCCUGGUCGCACGGAUAAUGAGAUAAAGAAUUAUUGGAACACUCGUAUCAAGAGGCGACAACGAGCAGGCUUACCACUUUACCCUCCUGACAUCCAUGUUGAAGACCUGCAAUGGAGUGAAGAGUAUACAACGAGUAGUUUCAUGGGGGUAGAUAGAAGAAGACAUCAAGAUUUCUUGCAGCUGGGGAAUUCGAAAGCUAAUGUUCUGUUUGAUGAGCUAAAUUUUGCUACCAGCUUGUUACCUCGAGCUUCUGACGUAUCAGCUAUGUUUGCAUGCAACAUGCUAGGAACUGGUGCAACUACUUCCAGGUACGAAAGCUACAUGCCACCGAUAUUGCCUUCCCCGAAGCAACUCCGGGAAUCUGGAUCUCGUUUUCCCAUUUGCAGCAGUAACAUAAAGCAAGAACUCCAGUAUCCGGACCAUUUUCAGAAUGCCGCUCCACAAAAGAGUCCCAGAUCUUGCAGUAUCUCGCCUUGCGAUGUUGAUCAUCCUCCGUAUGGAAACCAACAUCCAUCUCAUGUGAUGAUUUCAGAUAGCCAUACCUUUACGGAUGGCAUGCUUCCUACUUCUAAGCCCUUGUUUGGGGCAUUGAAGCUGGAGCUCCCUUCAUUCCAAUUUUCAGAAACUAGUGCAUUUGAUCAGUGGAAGACGACACCGUCACCUCCACACUCAGAUCUCCUUGACUCUGUUGAUGCCUAUAUUCAAUCUCCGCCACCAUUGGAGACAGAGGAGUCAGAUUGUUUCUCUUCAUGCGACACCGGCCUACUAGAUAUGCUACUUCACGAGGCCAAGAUCAAAGCUAGUGCCAAGCACGGUUUGUUGUUGUCAUCACCUCAGAAGAGUUUCGGUUCAACAACUUAUACAACCGAAACCCAAAUCAAAUCAGGUGAAUUUGAUGGUUACCAAAAGAAUUUGGCUCGCCCCGAGAUUCCAAUUCCCACGCAACUUAGUGCAGGUGGAAUUUCAUCAGAGAACGUUAAAGAGAUGGGUCAGGUUUUGGAACCAAAGAGAGUUGAUAUAACACGACCUGAUGUUUUACUGGCCUCGAGCUGGGUAGACCAACAAGGCUGUCUUGGGAUUGUUAGAGACUCAAGCAGCAUGACCGAUGCGCUUGCGCUUAUCCUUGGUGGUGACGACAUAGGGAACGCUUAUAUGUCUGCUGGGUCAUCAUCAGGUCAAGCACCACGAGGUGUUGGGUCUUGCGCAUGGACUAAUUUGCCGCCUGUCUGGUCCUUGUAA